GUAAGAGCAGAAACAGGAGAGUGCAUACUACUGUACUACCAUUACACCCAUCAAACCACCACCAUCCACAAACCACCAUUUACAAAUCCCGCAAUAUCUGGAGAUUGUCUGAACCACCACUAUUCACCCCGCUCACACACACACACACACACACACUGUCAUGAGAGCAAAACACACCUACGUUACUCUCUCCCUCCUCCUUACCUAAUUUCAAAGGAAGGAGUGUGAAAGCCGGUAAUAUAUGACCACACCUGGCUAACACCUGGUUUCGUGUAACACUUGUUCCCGCUGGACUUCACCUGCACGCUUAGUAAAGGUACACCUGGCCUUAGAGGUACCGAAGUAUAGGUUGGUGGAAGUGGUGCACCUCGUCAAAACCACAUUACUCAACCUCUCAGAUCUCAGUCACACGCUCGUUGGGUAAAACCGCCUGCCCACGCACUCCCUGUCCUGCCCCGAUAACGGAUGCAAGAGUCAACUGGUAACUUCACUUUUUGACUGUUCAGACCCACGAAUGAUGUGUGCAGCAGCCGCCCUCUCUCCACCUGUGUGUACCUGUGUCUACCUGUGCACCACCUGAUUCUGUCUAUGGCAUAAGCACAGCUGCGUGUUAAAGUUGACAGCUGGGAGGGCUCGCCGGCCCGCCAGACCACGCGCUCCUGUUGACAUAAGGAAAAAAAAAAAGUUGUAAAGACAGGAGCGACAGCUGGCUCUGGUUCAUGUCUGAAAUGCAGGUUGUCUUAAUAUUAAAUAAAUAUUACAGGCUCGUAGUGGCUAGCCUAGUGACGUCACGGUGCGUACGUCAACACAACACAGCCGCCGGGACACUGACUGACUGACGGGACAGGCAAGACAGGGCAAGCGUUGUGAAACAGGGAGGAACGCGGUGCGCGGGACAGGGGAAGCUGGGAGUGCACGACCUGAGAACAGACACAAAGCAGAAGAGGUCAAAGGAAGAAGAACAAGAAUAAGACACCGUGACACCUUGACGAUCUCUACUAGGACGGGUCACCCUGGAACCAGACUAGAAUGACGGACUACACGCUGGCCGGCCUUUCUGAGUCCUGGGUGGGAAGUCUCACUCUCAACCUACUGUGCUAUGCUACAGUGUUUGUGCCAGGGUACUUCCUCAUCUGGUACUUCAAGAAAUCUAAAUACAUAGAAAGAGCGGGAUCUGGCCUUGUGCCUCGCCUCAUCACUUCCUGUGUGUAUGGCCAGAGUUAUGAUAAGCUGGCCACUACCGACCCCUCACACACCAGGUCACUUCCACCUGAGAAAACCUUGAGUGCAAAGUGUAUGCAGCUCAGCUUCUGUUUCCUCGGCCUCCAGGUGUCCUACCUCACUUGGGGUGUCCUGCAGGAAAAGAUUAUGACAAAGGAAUACCACAACUCUGAGGGAAGCAUCGGCCACUUCAAGGACUCUCAGUUUCUUGUGUUUGUGAAUCGCAUCCUGGCCUUCAUGCUGGCAGCAAUGUACCUCACCUGCAGCCGCCAGCCGCGCCACACAGCUCCCAUCUACAAGUACUCCUACUGCUCAUUUUCCAACAUAAUGAGCUCCUGGUGUCAGUAUGAGGCGCUCAAGUACGUCACCUUCCCCACACAGGUGCUGGCCAAGGCAUCAAAGGUUAUUCCUACAAUGAUAAUGGGCAAGAUAAUUGCUUCCAAGAAGUAUGAGUAUUAUGAGUAUGUGACAGCAGUGUUGAUAUCCAUUGGGAUGACACUGUUCCUUCUUGGCUCAACAGAAGCUCAUGGCACCACCAGCAGCAGCACCACCAUGUCCGGCGUCAUCAUCCUGGUGGGCUACAUGUCCUUUGAUGCCUUCACCUCAAACUGGCAGGGGGAGCUGUUCACCCAGCAUAAGAUGUCCUCAGUACAAAUGAUGUGUGGGGUGAACCUGUUCUCGUGCCUGCUGACCACCACCUCCCUCAUGCAGCAAGGCACCUUCUCCCUCUCUCUGCAGUUCAUGCUCACAUAUCCUGCAUUCUUCUGGGACAGUCUCAUUCUCUCAGUGUGUUCUGCCACAGGUCAGCUGUUCAUCUACUACACCAUAUCAGUGUUUGGGCCAGUGGUGUUCAUCAUCAUCAUGACCAUCCGGCAGGGGCUGGCAAUCCUUCUGUCCUGCUUCAUCUACUCCCAUCCCGUCACUCUGAUGGGCAUCCUGGGCAUCUUGCUGGUCUUCACUGCCAUCUUCCUGCGCAUCUACUGCAGUCACCGCCUCAAGCAGGUCCAACAGAGGAAGACUCUCCCUGACACAACCAAGGUGUAACGGUCUGCAAUGAUCCUGCCACUGCCAUUGUUGAUUCUUGUGUAAGAUUUUAGUGUUCAGGUUAACUUGACUUGUUUGUUUAGGUCAACUUGUUGAACAGACUCUUCUGCCCGGUGAUCGCUGAUCCUCAUCUUUCACCUCAGGUGAUUAAUUAUUGGAAAUCUGAGCUGGAAGAUGAGGUCAAGUUUAUCCAUUAAGUCCAGUGAUAAGUCCUCCAAUGUACAGGAGGAGGAGGAGAAGGAGGAGAAGAACUCAGCCAGGCUAAUCUUGAAUUGGCUGCAGCAACUCUAUCAUCACAUUCUAGUUGUUUCUCCUUUGCUUUUUCUCUUUUAGUGCAAUUUUAAGCAACUCUUUGUUCCAAGUUUUAUGUUGAAAUUUUAUUUAUAAACACUGCUUGUCACCUCAGCGCUGGCAUUAAAGAUGGACGUAUAGGCACAGGCCUCAGCUGGCAUUGAAUAAUUGUACUGUUUCUGUUUGAACUUCAUGUCAUGUUUAGAAUCUCACAAGUGUAAGCUUUCUGAAGUAAGGAAUCUGUGUUUAAUCUCCAUGUGCCAGUUUUCUGUUACUCUAGUCCUAAAUGCUUUCCAGUUUUUUUUUGUAAUUUUCCCAUUUUUUUUUUUCUGCAUUUCUUGUAAUUUCCCCAAGAUGGUUGUUCCCUCAGCAGUGACAAACUUGCACAAAAUUCAGAGAACAUUCCAGUUUUUUUUUGUGCUAACUCACUUAAGAUUGUGUAAAUUGAGGUGGAGGAACACACUAUGAAAGUUCACCUGUGCUGGUGCUCAUUCAUGGUGAAGAAUCUCGUGUGGCAUUCUUUGUGCUUUGGGACAAGACCAAGUGUAGGUGAGUAUUGGUGUGCAGGCCAUAGUGUUAGUCAUUCUCUGUUCAUCUCAAGAGGGUGAGUAACAGAGUCCAGGAAGGGUCAUGUGUAGGUGUGAACAGCCACUGAACACUAAUCCUUGAAAGGUUUUAGCCAUAUCAGUGCAAUUCUCUCAAGCACAAACUAAUAUCUUACCUGUUCUUGUCUUUCUUUCAUUCUUAUCUAAGGUGGUGUGGGAAGGACCCCAACAAGGAUCUUGCUUUCAUUCAUAUCUAAGGUAGCGUGGGAAGGACCAAGACAAGGGUUUCUAACACUGAAAGUCUCAUAAUAUAUGUGUAAUAUUUAAUUCUUAAUUAUAAUUUGUAUGUAAAAUUCCAUAACCAUAUGGAAUACGUGUCAUUUAUUUAUUACUCUCAGCAUGUUCUGUGACCACGUGCUUUUGUGUUACCAUGAUGAGCGUUACUUGCUCUCCAGGUGUUCCACGACUGAUUGAUGACAACAUUUUAAUGAUGUGCAGUAUGUACUUGUACGAAGAUUACAUUUUCUAAUUUUUUCACCUAAAUACCAGGUUAGGCAACAUGUAAUUUGCUCUCUCUCUCUCUCUCUCUCUCUCUCUCUCUCUCUCUCUCUCUCUCUCUCUCUCUCUCUCAAGUGUUCUCCAGGCUCUCUGAAUAGGUUUCUCAUCUUCACAAAUUUGUUACAGUGUUUUGUUUAUUGUUACAUAUGAUUUUUGACACAAGUCUUGCAUCCAACCUUUUAUAUAUGAUCCUCUGGUCCAUGUCAUCUUUUGACAUGUAAAUGUUCCAACUCCCUGUUGUGAAAGGCAUUACUAAGGUAGACAUGCUGGCUGAUUGUGAAUACAGAGGGGACUGACUGGUUUGUAAACUUGUUGUAGGAAGAUGUACUGUGUUGAUAGGCUGUGGUGAUGGGAGGCAGUUUUUGUGUGGGCAGUGACUGUGGAGAGAGAGAGAGAGAGAGAGAGAGAGAGAGAGAGAGAGAGAGAGAGAGAGAGAGAGAGAGAGAGAGAGAGAGAGAUAUUUGAGUGUGUUUGUGUGUGUGUAAACCUUUCACUGCUCCCUAGAACUUGUACUGGUUUGUUGGUUCAUUCCUUUGUACUGGUUUGUUGGUUCAUUCCUUUGUACUGGUUUGUUGGUUCAUUCCUUUCUAAUGUGCAGUGGAGCCUGAGCCACCUGUACCAUCACUGAUUGCAUAGUGGCUCUUGUGACCUCACUGCUGGCUUGUGUAUUGGUUGAUCAGUCUGCAUGUUUCCUCCUCCAUGCACACCCUGGUCUCUCCACACUGCAUGUUUUAUUUCUCACUAUCUCCCAUACUUCGUGCAAUGCUUUCUUGGUCUUUUAAUCAGUGGACAUAAUAAAUGUUAAUGUAUUAUUGAGAUGAAGUUCUAGACAGUUUUGGUAAUGUCUGUUUUUUUCUGUUCUAUGAUGCUUUUUUCAUGGAAUUCAUGACAAAGUAGUGGUAUGUGAUAGUUCUGAAGAUUACUAUCAAAUUUUAGGCAAGGCAGAAAGGAAGUGUGGUAGUCAGAUAGGCACAAGAUGGUGACAGCCUGGCACUGUGAGCAAAGACACAAGCACUCAGCCACCAUUGUUUUGUACCAACACCUAAAGACAAAAAAGUUGCUGACUACUUUUCCUUUUUUUGCCGUCUAAAAUGUGAUAUCAUUUUGUUCAAAGCUUUCUCUCAUCACAUCCCACUGUGUUCAUUUGCAUCAUCAUCAUCAAUCCACAAACAAAACAGCAUAACACAAAAUUUGUUAUAAACAUUUUCAGUUUCAUCUGUGACUUCAACUUGCAUUAUCUGUUAUUUUUUGUCAAUUUUAGCUUCCCUAUAAUUUAAAAAAAUAAUCUAUUCUAAUUCUUCUGCUAAUACCAAGAAACCUAAUAUUGCACAAAAUAAAGGCGACAUAGCCAAGAAAAAUUAAAUUUGUGUGGAGAGGUCAGUGUUUGUGCUGACUGGGAGAACAGGCUGACUGAGCCACAAACCAAUUGCCAACAAGUUUACAGAAGCCACUGUCCAGUCAGCGAAGGGUUUACCAACAUAGCUUAGGGUCCAGUUGCAAGGUAAGAAUGAAUGGACUAUGCUAUGAGAGAGAGAGAGAGAGAGAGAGAGAGAGAGAGAGAGAGAGAGAGAGAGAGAGAGAGAGAGAGAGAGAGAGAGAGAGAGAGAGAG